AUGGCAGCAACAAAUAACAAUUCGGAUCUAAAUAUGACUAAUGUCAAUCCAUUAGCUAUGUUAGUUGAGCAAUGUAAUAAAUUUCAAUCAUCAAAUCCAAGUCCACCUUUAUCACCAUCAAAAUCAAAUGUUUACGCUUGGAAACGACCAAUAGUAAAUCCAUCAUCGAUGCAUUCAAAUUCUUCAAUAACAUCACCAUUCGUUCGUAUUAAUCAUUAUGAACAUUCGUUAUUAAAUGGUAAUGGACAUUUAAAAGAAAAUUCAUCAGCACCAUCAUCAUCAUCAUCAGCAGCAGCAACAGCAACAACAACAACAACAACGCCUUGGAUGGAUAUUCAUCAUCAUCAUCAACCAUGGUUUACAACAAAUCAAACACCUCCUAUUUCAAAUCAUAAUGAACACCAAACAUCUCCACCUCCAUCAUUAUUUUCUACGUCGUCUAAUGUUCAAUAUCCACCCCAUAUUCAAUCAACACAUUACAAUGAUUUUCUUUCUGUUAAUCAUCCCUAUAAUACGGAUUCAUAUCGGCAUGAAUUUCGUUUAUUUUAUCCACCUAUUGUUUCGUCUCAUACACCAUCACCGCCGACAAUUCAAGCAACAACAUCGUCGCCAACAGCAAAAAAUCCAUUAAAAAAGCCUAAAACAAGUCGUGCUCAAUGUGAUUGUCCGAAUUGUCGUGAAGCUGAUCGUUUAGGUUAUAUCACUGGAUCAACGGUACGAAAAAGAAAUAUACAUAAUUGUCAUAUACCAGGCUGUGGAAAAGAAUAUCAUAAAACAUCACAUCUUAAAGCACAUUUACGUUGGCAUACAGGCGAACGACCAUUUGUAUGUAAUUGGUUAUUUUGUGGAAAACGAUUUACUCGUAGUGAUGAACUACAACGACAUUCACGAACACAUACAGGUGAAAAACGAUUUGCAUGUCAAAUGUGUGGAAAACGUUUUAUGCGAAGUGAUCAUCUUAAUAAACAUGUUAAAACACAUAUAACUACUAGUAUUAAUGAUGAAUUUCGUUCAAGAACUAUCGAAUCUAAUGCACAAGAAAAUCAGCAUCACCAUCAUGAUCAUCAGACAUAUCAUCAUAUGCAUAAUCAAAGAUUUUUAUCAACUGAUAUUAAAACAGAACCGAGAAUGAGAGAUUAA